GACUGAAAGAGGCAGGAAGAGGAGCACAGCGAAACGGGAGGGUUAAGGGAAGAGAAGGGAAACAACGAAGGAAGCGAGAAAGGUGUGGGGACGACGAACGAGGGGGCACCUGCUGCCGGUUAGAUUUUUGCUGGAUUGUGCCGGGGGAAGACGUUGUAUCGUCGUCGAGGCCUCUUGCGGGAGGAGGAGUAGAGAGGAAGGCGCAGAGCGUGUUCGGUCAAUCAGUGGCUGUGGAGGAAGACAGGACGAAGGAGGGAGUAACGAAGAAAGAACGACGCAAGAGCGAGCGAGAGAGAGAGAGAGAGAGAGAGAGAGAGAGAGAGAGAGAGAGAGAGAGAGAGAGAGCAGGAGAAGAGGAAAGCUCCAACGUUUGGUAGAAUACGAGAUCUUACAAUCGUAGGGAAGCAUCACACUGGCACACAAACUUACGUGGAGAGAAAUGAGAGGUGCGGAAAGAAGCGGUGGCGCAUGGCGUUGAGAUCGGCUUUCAGUGUUGGGAAAAGAGCGAAUGUGCGCUUGAUUUCACAUUGUAGCGCUUUUAUGAGAAAGUGUGUGGGUUACCGAUUUCAACAAUCACUGACUUCACCGAAUUUGAACGAAUAGAUCACAGUGAAGUCCCUGUCCAGGACCAGAGAACUUGGGAAGUGUGGACGUCUGGGGACGAUAGAUGUAGGCUUUCAUAUUUCACUGUACUUCUGCUACGGGCUUGCAAUCGCAUUCCAGUUCACGCCUUUCAAGUUCGAAACGAUAUCGCCGACAGGAGCUUUCGAAUUCCGCCUGCAUAGUCUCGAGUGGCCGGCACUCUAGUUAUCAUCAGCAUGGACAUUGGCGAAAGCAGUGUUGACAAUGCGAGCGCUGUGGAAGACGGAGGAACAACAGUCGAGAUAAAGAUUAAAACCCUCGAUGCUCAGAGCUACACGCUUCGAGUUGAAAAGAACGCAUCCGUGCCAGCUUUAAAGGAUCAAAUAGCCUCCGUUGUAGGUGUGCCCGUCGAGAACCAACGACUCAUCUGUCGGGGCAAAGUCUUGAAAGAUGAUCAAGUUCUUUCAGCCUACAACGUGGAGGAUGGCCAUACACUACACCUGGUUGCAAGGCAAACACCACCGCCUCCACCAAUAUCUACAGGUCAAGAGGCGGGAACUGCCACAACUGGACCUUCCGAUAUGGUCAUCGUCUCUCCACGAAAUAGGUCAGGCCAUGUGUCACAUAGCUUGCUGAUGGGAACAAUCAACAUUCCCGAUACUGGAGAGGGUGGCAUGCCUGACUUGAACAGGAUCAUAUCAGCUGUCAUGAACUCUGUAGGCAUCGGAAUUCCAGUACCAUCUACCGCGACCCCAGGAACUGGAGGUACAGUGACAGUUGUAGUUCCUGACGCUUUGACAACCAUGUCCCAGUAUCUGGACCGAUUGGAGCAAUCUUUUUCUCUUACUGAAGGUGGAACAGGCCAGAACGUUGAGGGCACGUCCGUGAAUGAAGGUGCAAGUCAUCCUCAGAGUUUGUCGGGACAACCAUCGGGCUCUCAAACCCUGGAAGCAGGUCCACCUAGUGCCCUGAAUGGGUUUUUAGAAGGUAUUCCAAUCCCUUCGUCGUUGCCUGCCUCCAGCAAUGAACGAUCAGAUACAGAUACGGGAGUGUCCGGUGGAGCAACUGCUCCUGCCAGGCGCUCACCCACCCCACAAGCGCUUGGAGCUAUCGUUCAACGUGUUCAAAAUCUUCUUAGUGGCCUCGCUGGGUCUGCCCUUGCACGCCUAGCAACACAGCUGGAAACCGAGCCAAGUUUGCUUGAUCCGGCAGCACGAGCCGAUGUCCAGUCUACAGCUGUGCGGGACGGUCACAUGAUGCAGAAUCUUGGCGCCCUGCUCCUGGAAUUGGGGCGAACAACUUUGACACUCCGCAUGGGUCAAUCCCCUGCUGAAUCUGUGGUCAAUGCUGGACCUGCAGUUUUCAUCUCCCCAUCUGGUCCGAAUCCCAUGAUGGUCCAGUCCGUACCCUUGCAGACAGGUGUGGCGUUGGGUGCAUUGCCUGUUGGAACGUCUCAACCAAGUGGUGGUAUUGUGGGUCCCACUUUAGGACCGAGAAGUAUUAAUAUACAUAUCCACACCAGUGACUUAAGGCUUCCUUCUGGUGCUCCCUCUCCUUCUCCCUCCCCUUCCUCCCCUCAGCGUCCACCUCCUCGAGCAGUUGCUGGUGUGACUCCUGGAGCGCCAGGCAGCAAUGUACGACAAGUUAUGGAGCGGGCGGAAGCUGGCACUGCAGAGCAUGGACUUACAGUUCGACAGAUAAUUGAACGCGCAGAAGCGGUGAGCGCUGCACAACAAGCCAAUGCAGAGAUGAAUAAUCAAGCCGCAUCGGUAGGUCCCGUUCAGGGUGCCAUCAUGACUUUUAACGAAAAUGGGGCCAUGAGGGUGGUUCCUGUGAGAUCACGACCUGCAGCAGGUGCACAUAUAAAUGUUACAGCUGGUAACCCGGCAAACGAUGCUAGCGCUACCGCGCUGCUUGCAAGAUUUCAGCAACAGCUUGAAUCUCUACAGCAAAGGCCAGGACCUCAAUCAGCAAGUGCUGAUGCUUCCUCAGUGGGAACUCAUUCUUCUAAUCAAGAACCCACCGUGAGCUUACCUCCUACAUCUUUGCAACCGAUCAGGGCCCAAGUACAUGUUCAAUCAUGGCCUCCUACUUUCAUUCAAGGCCUGGAAGCAGGUUUUCCACAACCUGUCCUCUUCUCCCCUGCAACUGGCGAGGUACUUGUUCAAACGCAGAAUCAAGGAGCUCAGCCUUCCACUGCAGGCGCCCACACAGGCUUAAACAGCGAUAGACUCGUAACAUCACAAGAUCUGUCUGGAUCAGAGCCCGUGACCGCGACUUCUAGCGAACAUGUGGACAACCAGAGAGAGAUGGAUGUGGAAAUGAGGAGAGUUAUCGACUCUAUGGCCCGCGGUCAACAACAUGGGCAUGAGAUAGCUGAUUCUCUAGGACCUCUUUUUAACCAGCUAGUUGCCGCCUUUCAGCAUUCUCGGUCACCAGAUGAUGUACUUCAACCUGAACAGGUUAUCGGACAGACUUCAGUGGCUCAGGCAAACGUAGGACCUGAGGUUAGUUCCAGAGGUCCGACAACAUCUGCUGAAGGAUCACAACCUAGGAACUUGCUAUCUAUCGAAAGAGGAGUUGAGGUUCUGCCUUCAGCCCAUAUCGAACAUCCUGAGUCAUUAGCAGAUCUACAUACAGUUGCCAAGAUGGAUGUUUUAAGUGGCAGCGACAUUGCGUCAGGUUCGCGGGGCUUGAAUAGUGUAGAUACGAACCAGGACUUCAAGUUGCUCGAGGGAAGUGUGGAGGACACUGAAGAAAGGCCCCCUGAGGUGAGGAACGAUCAAUCACAAGGAACUGAAGAAAAGUCGGGAAAUCCUCCUCUUGGUCUAGGCCUUGGAGGUUUACAACCACUUCCUGCCAGGGCUCGAAGGCGAGGUCAGCGACAAUCGCAGUCUGCAAAUGCGGGCCCAGCAGCUGUUGUAGGUAGUGGGCUGUCUGCUCCCAGAGGUAAUGAGCAGACAUUAGCUCCUUCUGCAGCUCAAAAUUUCCUCCAAAGACUAGUGUCACGCGUGGAUAGACCUACUGAAACGUCUGAUGGAAACGCUAUGCAACAGUCCGUAGGGCAAUUGACACAAGGCCUAUUUCCUUUGCUGGGCAGUCUUGGUAAUAUGGGAACCUCUCAAAAUGGAGAAGGUAGUAAUCUUGGAGAUUUAAUGGGGCAGUUGAUGUCGAGGACAGAUGAAGGUAACGCUGGGCAGGCACCACUAUCUUCUAGUAUGCUGAGGGGCAUGAUGGGUCAAAUCGUCCAGAGUCCGUUCAUGGAAAAUCUCGUGCAGCAAGUCAUGACUCGUAGUGAGGAGACGCAGAGUUCGGAACAGGGAUUCUCUGGGCUUAGUGGCGAUGGAGGCUUUGAUUUUGCUGGUGUCAUGCAGCAGAUGCAGCAGAUGUUACCUGUCGUCACACAAAUGAUUGGUAGUAGACAAACGCCCAGCUCAGGUCAAGAGGUCCCAAACGCUCUUAAUGCCAUGCUUCACAAUGAGGAAGUUGCAGCCAGAGGAAGCCCAGGCCAGAACAAUGACACCGGGAGGUGGAGAGAGGCGCUUAGUGAGGAGGAGGCAGCCCAGUGGAGUGAAACCAUAACUGCCGAUGUAGAGCAGCAGCAGUCUGCUGCUCCACAAAGACCUUUUAGUGAUGUCUAUUCGCGGGGUUCACCGGUGGCGAAACGACAAAAGACAGAUUUGGAGGGGACAGCCCAAAAGCUCGAAAAUGGUGGCGCACCUGAAGAUGUCCUUCGGAGUGUUGCAGAGGAUGUCGCAGAGCAGUUCGUGAGAACAAAUGGAACGGUUCAUGGAGAAGCUUCUCAACUGGCCCAACAUGUCGUUGAAACGGAAGGGCUUGCCGAGGCAUACAUGGCUGUGCUGUUCCAUGACCUUGCUGCACGGGUGGCAGCAGACCCCGAUUUUGGCGAUGGUACCCGAUUCCCGAAUGCAACCCGAGUCUUCCAACAGUCGAAGGCGACCAAGGAGCCAGAUGGAGGGUGAUAGUGAUUGGUUGCGACUCUCAUGAAUACCAGCUCGACAAUAUCUGAGGUCGGGUACGAAAUUUAAACCAUGAGGAGAGUAGCUGAGGAGGUCUUAUGAUCAUCCUUUAGGUUUUAAUCACUAUUUUCGUCAUCAGAUUUUCUUGUAACAUGAUGUUAAACAUUUGGUUAUUCACUAGGAACAGAUCCUUCGCUGUGGGGAGAUGUACAGAGGAGAAAAAUUAGUCAGGGUAUAUUUCUCUGUCCCAUGUUCUACGCAAAAGCCCCUUUGCUGCAUUAGGGACACAAAGAGGUCUUCUUAUCAUGCCCUUGGAUAGGUCAGAUCCAGAACUACGAGCUAGUCAUUAUGCGGAUUGCCGCUAGAUGGCUUACGGCGUGCAUUGUCAAUUUUUUCUCGAGUAGUUUUGAAGCACAAACCGGCACAAUCAUCAGUUUGUGCUUUGCUUCGCAAUGUGUAGAUUCUAAAGCUCUUCCCACGUUGUGGCCCGUAGUGCCUUUGUCUUACUUCAUAAUUCAGAAUUAAGAUUGUGGUAAUUUGGUGAUUCUCUGUUAUAAAGGUCUGUCAUGGAUUCAUUGCUGUUUCAAUUCUGGGCAAUAAAGAUGUCGAUGCAACCG